GAUCAUCCACCAGACCACCACACGCCCGAGUCCACCGCCUGAAUCCUGCGACGCCGCGGCACCCCCUGAUCACGAUCGUGUCCCGUCCCCUCUCCCCGCGACUUCACGCCAAGAUCAUCCACGCGCCCGAGUCCACCGCCUGAAUCCUGCGACGCCGCGGCACCCCUGAUCACGAUCUUGUCCCGUCCCCUCUCCCCUCAGAUCGCACGAUGUCGUCGUUCCAGCCGCACGAGAGCGCCGCCCCCGCCGCGAAGCUGUGCGUCGCCGGCUGCGGCUUCUUCGGCAGCCCGGCCACCCACGACAUGUGCUCCGUCUGCUACAAGAAGCACCACAGCGUCGUCAGCGGCGGCGGCGGCUCAGGCGCCUCCGCUGCCACCGCGGCAUCCGGACCCGUCGCGCGAUCCGCGUGUGAACCGGCGGUGGCGGCGCACGACGCUAGCGUCUGUCUCGUACCGGCCAAAGACGUCGCUGAAGCCACCGCAUCGUUGUCCUCCUCCGCCCCCACGCCCGAGGCGGCGAGGAAGGCGCAGCCGAACCGGUGCGCGGCGUGCUGCAAGAAGGUUGGGCUGACGGGGUUCGUGUGCCGCUGCGGGAAGACCUUCUGCGGGAUGCACCGGUACGCGGAGGAGCACGGCUGCGCGUUCGACUUCAAGGGCGCCGGCCGCGCCACCAUCGCCCGCGCCAACCCCCUCAUCAAGGGAGACAAGCUGCCCGGCAGAAUCUGAUCGUCGCGGUUCACGCCCGUGCAGUGCAAUGGAUUCAGAACUUCAGAUCAUCAGAAGCAAACAUUCUGUAUGGCCAACCGUCGCAACUUUCGCAUCAACUCGUCUCGAUCUGAAGAGCAGCGUCUGGCUAGAUUUGUGCGAUGCAUGCCCAUCAGGGCUCAAUUCCGUUCGCACUGUUUUGUAACCAGCUGAUGUUUGGGAACAUGAUCAGCAUUCAUUUGAAUUUUGUUUUUGUCCUCGUUUUCGUAUAAUCAAAGAUCGUAUCUGCUUA